UUAGAGAAUAACUCAUCAGAUUUACUCACCAUGCAGUGGCUCAUCCACUUGCUCUUUAUUCAAUAUACUCUUACGUAUACCCAAAAAAAAGUAGAUUCCAGUUCCUAUGUCAGAUUUGAGGCCUCUUAUCAUUUGCAGCAGUAUAAAUGGACCUCCAAUUCAUCCACGCAACCAUCGAGCCGCUGCUAAGGAAUAGGACCAUUCAAAACCUCUCUGUCGUUAGUAAUGUCGAGGGAUCCUCUCGUUGUAGGGAAUGUGAUCGGUGAUGUGUUGGACCAAUUCGUCCAAACAGCAAAUUUUCGGGUGAUGUACAACAAGGAAAUAACGAAUGGGUCUGAACUCAAGCCGUCUGUAGUGGCUAAAGAGCCAAGGGUUGAGAUCAGAGGCCAUGACAUGAGGACCCUUUAUACACUUGUUAUGGUGGAUCCAGAUGCACCAAGCCCCAGUAAUCCAACAAAGAGGGAGCAUCUUCAUUGGUUGGUGACAGACAUCCCAGAAACAACUAAUGCCAGAUUUGGAAAUGAGAUUGUUUGCUAUGAGAGCCCCCAGCCAACCGCUGGGAUUCAUCGAUUUGUGUUUGUGCUCUUUCGGCAAUCAGUUCGACAAACGGUCUACGCACCAGGGUGGAGACAAAACUUCAACACAAGGGAUUUCUUACAGCUCUAUAACCUUGGGGACCCUGUUGCUGCACUGUUCUUCAAUUGCCAAAGGGAGAAUGGCUGUGGUGGAAGAAGGUACUAAUCUUAAUCUGUCAAUGGAUGGACUUGAUUGUGAAGUUGUCAAGUAUGUAUGAUCAUUCAAGGAGACAGCAUCCAUGCAAGAUUUACACAUAUUAUCAACUUUAAUUGUCAUUUCAGAUACAAUAAUUAAGCUGUGUUUUGAUGGUAACUAAUCUCUCUAUGAAUAGGUUUGUCUCUACAAUAUUUUUGUGUGGAAGUGUGUUGCAUCUGAUUCAAGAAGGUUAUAC